AUGAGUGAGCUAUGGUACGAACAGGCUGCAGCCACUUGGAAUGAGGCUCUUCCCCUGGGAAAUGGCCGCCUUGGUGCCAUGGUCCACGGUCGCACCGACACAGAGAUGAUACAGCUCAACGAAGCUUCGCUAUGGUAUGGGGGACGUCAACAAAGAACACCUGAAGAUGCCUUAAGCAACCUGCCAGUUUUACGACAUGCCAUCCGCCAAGGGAACCAUGCCGAAGCAGAAAAUCUAGUAAAAACAUACUUUUUCGCAAAUCCUGCAAGCCAACGGCACUACGAGCCUCUUGGUAACCUGCUUUUGGAUUUUGGACAUACCCCCGAUCAAGUUACCAACUACCGGCGCUCACUGGACCUCACCGAGGGGGUUCUGCAUGUCAACUAUGAGUACCAGAAUAUUCAAUGCGACCGACAAAUGAUCGCUACAGAUAAUCCGUCAGUUCUAGUCUUGCACAUUCGUUCCUCAGCCAAGAUUGAGUUCCUCUUACGUCUGACACGGUUGAGUGACCUUGAAUUUGAAACUCAUGAAUACUUCGAUUCGGUCCAGACUAUUGGGACACAUCCUCUUCUAAGGGCUAUAGGUCAAAAGGAGAAUACUGUCACUAUGAAUGUUACGCCUGGCGGAAAGGGAAGCAGUGCGUGCUGUAUUGUCCAUGUUCAGACCAUAGACGAAGACGGAAAAGGCACCAUCACUAAGGCUGGCAAAAACCUGGUUGUCAAAUCCGACAAUGCUGUUAUCUACAUUGCCGCACGAACCAGCGUCAUGGGGAAGAAUUCCGAUAUUCAUGCGGGAUCUGAUAUCAGAAAUAUUGACUCCACUCCACACGACAUCUGGAGACAUCAAAUCCAAGAGAACCAGAACAUGUGGAACCGAAUGAAUCUGAAGCUCACACCUAAUCGAUCGGAUGUUCCUACCGACAAAAGAGUCAUUGAAAAGCGAGACCCUGGUUUAAUUGCCCUCUAUCAUAACUAUAGUCGCUAUCUUCUCAGGGCCUGCAGUCAUGAAGGAAGCGCAGCUUAUCCAUUACCAGCCAAUCUCCAAGGGAUCUGGAACCCUUCUUUCCAUGCAGCUUGGGGCUCCAGAUUCACAAUAAACAUCAAUCUGCAGAUGAAUUACUGGUCCGCAAAUCUCUGCAAUCUAUCCGAAUGCGAACUUCCGUUGUUCACGCAUCUGUCCCGAAUGGCAGCCAAUGGCAAGAAGACUGCGGAAAAAAUGUACGGCUGUCGGGGUUGGACGGCUCAUUCAAAUACUGAUAUUUGGGCUGACACUGAACCUGUGGAUCGUUGGAUGCCAGGCACACUAUGGCCGCUUGGUGGUGCAUGGCUCUGCUGCCAUAUCUGGGAACAUUUCCAAUUCACCGGAAACACUAGCUUUCUACGGCAAUAUUUUGGGAUCCUUCGCGGAUGUGUCGAAUUUCUCCUCGACUUCCUCAUCAAAGAUGCAUCUGACAGAUACCUUGUGACAUCCCCAUCAGUCUCGCCUGAGAACUCAUAUUACGACAAGAUGGGGCAGAAGGGCGUUCUCUGCGAGGGAUCGACAAUCGAUAUACAAAUAAUCGACGCUGUGCUACAAAACUUUGAGUCAGCAACAGCACAGUUGGGCCUGACCAACGACACUCUCCUGGCCCAGGUCCGCUUAACAAGAUCUCGGCUCCCGCCUAUGAAAAUCAGCAAGAAUGGAUACCUCCAAGAAUGGGCCGAAGACUAUGACGAAGUUGAACCAGGCCACCGACACACAUCCCAUGUUUGGGCCCUCUAUCCCGGUAACGCGAUCACUCCAGAUACAACACCCGAGCUUGCUGCUGCUUGCAGAGAGACGCUUCGCCGACGUGCGGAGCACGGAGGUGGUCACACAGGCUGGAGCCGUGCCUGGCUCAUCAAUCUGUACGCUCGUCUCCGGGACACGGAAGAAUGUCAAAAACAUCUUGAUUUAUUGCUGUCGCAUUCUACCCUCCCAAACCUAUUUGACAACCACCCGCCAUUCCAGAUCGAUGGUAACUUCGGCGGAGCUGCAGGUAUAGUGGAGAUGUUGGUACAGUCUCACGAAACGGGGUUAAUCCGACUUCUUCCUGCUUGUCCGGCCGACUGGGUGGGCACAAUUCACGGCGUCCGAGCUCGUGGAGGGUUUGAGCUAGAUUUCAGCUUCGAGAAUGGCCACCUUGUGGGUGAGGUCAUUCUAAAAGCUCAGGAAGCCAAGAAAGUGACUCUGGUCUUUCCGGGUGGAUUUCAAAUGGAAAUAGAGUGUGCUGGGGAAUCCAGAAUCCCACCGGAUAUUUAUUCGAGAUAG